CUUGUCGGUGCCCGUGACGCCAGGCUGGGGCGGAUCCGGAUCCGGAUCAGCGACAACAUCCUGGGCUGACUUGUGCCCGCAGCUCCGGGCCAGGUACCGGAGUCAGGUGGGACCAUGAUGGAGCAAACUUCUCCCAAGAUCCUGUAGAAUGGUGAUGCUGGUUUCUCCAGUGAUCUGAUUGGUCGGUGGCGACCUGCUUUGAUGUCUUAUCUCAAACUUGCCCUGCUCUGGAGCAGGUUGGCCACUGAGAGUCAGUUGCCAUGGAGAAGAGAACCGGCUUCGUCGGGCCGAAGACCCACAGUUGAACGUGAAGUGACCUUUGUCCCUGCUUCGUACAGUACCGGCCUCUGAAGUUAACUUAUCAAGAGGAGCGGUGGGUGUGUGGCCUGACUGACAGCUCGUCCACUGCACGUUCCACUACACCUGCAACCUGCACCCAUUGGAUGCAGCAGCUGCCAGAGGCGGAGUGGCGCAUCACGACCUGCCCAUUGUGAAGCCAAGGAGAAGAGAAGAUGGACAUCACGGACCAAGGAGCUCAAAUGGAGCCGCUGUUACCGACGGAACAAAGUCCCCAAGAGAAUAAAGAAGAGAGAACUGAUGAGGAGGCGGUGGUGGACCGAGGGGGCACACGCUCCAUGCUCAACACCAACUUUGAGAAGGAAGAGCUAGAAGGUCACCGCACUCUCUACAUCGGGGUUCAUGUGCCCCUGGGCAGGAGGUCGCACCGACGCCACCGUCACCACGGACACAGACACAGGAAGAGGUCCAAGGAGAGGGACUCCACGAAUGACGAUGGACACGAAUCCCCCUCUCACACAGACACACCAGCUCAGAGGGUGCAGUUCCUCUUGGGGACAGAGGACGGCGACGAGGAGCACAUCCCCCACGCCCUGUUCACCGAGCUGGAUGAGAUCUGUCUCCGGGAGGGCGAGGACGCCGAAUGGAAAGAGACAGCCAGGUGGCUCAAGUUUGAGGAGGAUGUCGAGGACGGCGGUGAGCGGUGGAGUAAACCCUAUGUAGCCACUCUCUCUCUACACAGUCUCUUCGAGCUUCGCAGCUGCAUCAUGAACGGGACCGUGAUGCUGGACAUGAGGGCCAACUCGCUGGAGGAGAUUGCAGAAAUGGUUCUGGAUCAGCACGAGGUGUCGGGCCCCGUGGGUAAAGAUGCCAGGAAGAGGAUCCGCGAGGCCCUGCUCAAACAGCACCACCACCAAAACCACAAGAAACUGGCCAACCGCAUCCCCAUUGUACGCUCCUUCGCUGAUAUUGGCAAGAAGCAGUCUGAGCCUCAUUCCAUGGACAAGAAUGGUCAAACGGUCUCGCCUCAGUCCCAGCCGGCACACAACGAGGGCAAACAGGACGUCAGCCGAGAAAACAGCGCUGUGGACUUCAGCAAGAUUGACCUCCACUUCAUGAAGAAGAUCCCACCCGGAGCUGAGGCAUCCAAUGUCCUGGUGGGAGAGCUGGAAUUCCUCGACCGCCCCGUGGUGGCGUUUGUCCGCCUCGCCCCCGCCGUGCUGCUCAACGGCCUCGCUGAGGUUCCCAUCACCACCAGGUUUCUUUUUAUCCUGCUCGGCCCUCUGGGAAAAGGUCCACAGUACCAUGAGAUUGGCCGGUCUAUUGCUACCCUGAUGACUGAUGAGGUUUUCCAUGACGUCGCGUACAAAGCCAAAGACAGGAACGACCUGGUGGCAGGCAUUGACGAGUUUCUGGACCAGGUCACGGUGUUGCCCCCUGGAGAGUGGGAUCCCUCCAUCCGAAUAGAGCCUCCCAAAAAUGUGCCCUCUCAGGAAAAGCGCAAGAUCCCUCCUCUCCCCAACGGUGUGACGGAUCUCGGUGAGUCGGAGGAACACGGAGGGCACGGCGGCCCCGAGCUCCAGCGCACUGGGAGAUUGUUCGGCGGACUUGUCCUGGACAUCAAGCGAAAGGCACCUCACUACCUUUCCGACUACACCGACGCCCUCAGUCUGCAGUGUCUGGCCUCUUUCCUCUUCCUGUACUGCGCCUGCAUGUCACCCGUCAUCACCUUCGGAGGACUCCUGGGGGAGGCCACGGAGGGACGUGUGAGUGCUAUCGAGUCCCUGUUCGGGGCGUCCAUGACUGGAAUAGCCUACUCUCUCUUUGCCGGUCAGCCUCUCACCAUCCUGGGCAGCACGGGGCCGGUUCUUGUCUUUGAGAAGAUCCUCUUCAAGUUCUGCAAGGACUACGACCUCUCCUACCUCUCCCUGAGGGCCUGCAUCGGCCUGUGGACGGCCUUCUUCUGUCUGCUGCUGGUGGCCACUGAUGCCAGCUCGCUUGUCUGUUACAUCACACGCUUCACCGAGGAAGCUUUUGCCUCACUUAUCUGCAUCAUCUUCAUCUACGAGGCCCUGGAGAAGCUGCUGCACCUGGGAGUGCACUACCCCAUCAACAAACACAACAACCUGCAGCAGCUCACGCAGUACUCAUGUGCUUGUGUGGAGCCCAGAAACCCGAGCAAUGACACUCUGCGCUACUGGGAUGAGAGGAACAUCACGUCCUCGCAUGUCAACUGGACCAUGCUGGAGGUCAAGGAGUGCGAGAUGUUGCACGGCGAGUUUGAGGGCACUGCCUGUGGCCCCCACGGCCCCUUCAUCCCCGACGUCCUCUUCUGGUGCGUGCUCCUCUUCUUCUCCACCGUCCUCAUGUCGGCCUUCCUCAAGGAGUUCAAGACGAGCCGCUACUUCCCCACCAAGGUACGGGCCAUCAUCAGUGAUUUUGCCGUCUUCAUCACCAUCCUCACCAUGGUGCUGGUAGAUUACGCCCUCGGGAUCCCCUCGCCCAAACUGCAGGUCCCCAACAAGUUCAAGCCAACCAGGGAUGAUCGUGGCUGGGUGGUGAACCCCGUGGGGCCCAACCCCUGGUGGACGACCAUCAUCACCUUCAUCCCCGCUCUGCUCUGCACCAUCCUCAUCUUCAUGGACCAGCAGAUCACUGCUGUCAUUAUCAACAGGAAGGAGCACAAGUUGAAGAAAGGCUGCGGCUACCACCUGGACCUGUUUGUGGUGGGGGUGAUGCUGGGCGUGUGCUCGGUGAUGGGCCUGCCGUGGUUCGUGGCGGCCACCGUGCUCUCCAUCUCCCACGUGAACAGCCUGAAGCUUGAGUCCGAGUGCUCGGCCCCCGGAGAGCAGCCCAAGUUCCUCGGCAUCAGGGAGCAGCGCUUCACGGGCCUCAUGAUCUUCACCCUGAUGGGCUGCUCCGUCUUCAUGACGUCCGUGCUCAAGUUUAUUCCCAUGCCUGUGCUGUACGGAGUCUUCCUGUACAUGGGGGCUUCCUCACUCAGAGGCAUUCAGUUCUUCGACAGAAUCAGGCUGUUCUGCAUGCCGGCCAAACAUCAGCCCGACUUCAUCUACCUUCGCCACGUCCCUCUGAGGAAGGUGCACCUCUUCACCAUCAUCCAGCUCAGCUGCCUGGUCCUGCUGUGGGUCAUCAAGACCUCCAAGGCCGCCAUCGUCUUCCCCAUGAUGGUCUUGGCCCUGGUGUUUAUCCGUAAGCUGCUGGACUUCAUCUUCAGCAAGAGAGAGCUGAGUUGGCUGGACGACCUGAUGCCUGAGUGGAAGAAGAAGAAGUUGGAGGAUGCGGCGGAAGAGGAGGAACACAGUAUAAUUGUAGAGGAGGAAGGCAUUGUACAGGUGCCAAUGGAGGAACCCUUCAAGGGUGAUCCGGCCACUGUGAACAUCACGGAUGAGAUGUCCAAAGGAUCUUUCGGGAACGUGUGGAAGAGUGUCAGCCCUGUCGACAACACCAAGAAGGAGCCAAGCGCCAAAAGCGGUGGCGAAAAGCGGCACAAGCGGCGGAGGCACGACAAGAGCUUGGACAGGGAGACAAGUUUGUGAUGACACAUACUGGCAGCGCCAUUGUGCUGUCAAAUCAAUCAGACGAUCAAAAAAAAAAAAAGCAACAACAAAAAAAAAUCUGUGCCGUGCCACACUCAACCACCUUUGUACUGUGCUACACUGUGUUCUUUUGUCAUUUAAGUCUUGUGUGCAAGUUGUGUGAAACAAACAUUUUGUUAGAAACAGUAUUAGCGCGAGGAGCCGAGACGCAUUUGUGUUCUUUUUCUAUGUAUAUCAGUGUUUCGGUGAUGCCAGCAAACCAGAAUUAUAUGACACUCACAGUAACUGCUGCGUUGAUGGGCCAAUUACAUGGGAGAAAAAAAAUGUAAACAAUUUUUAAAUCAACUUUAUUUGUAUUUUGUAUGUUUUUAUAUUUUUCCAAUACGAACUCCUUUUAAAAACCUGCCACAGAAAAACCACAGAUGUGUGGAUGUUAUGCACCUCACAAUAGAAACACUAAAGAGUAGAUAUUUGCCAAUACUAAUCUAUUUCAGUGGUAUCUAAAAGAGUUGGCGAUAUAGCGAAUCUAGUAUUUUUUUUCUUCCUUUGAAAGUAUUAAAUAUACAUUUUAUAUAUUCUAUAAAUCUAAAUGUUUUUGUGACCGUGACCGCUCAUAUCACUCCAGGCUUCUCCGUUGCCAUUUUACAUACGACUGGUCUCCUGCAGUAAAGCAUUUGCCCGAUCAGUCCAAGUAAAAAAUUAUGUUCUUUCCAACACUCAAAAAUAUAAGGCCUAAUUAAGUUACAUUUUUUAAAUGUAUGUAUUUUAAUUGCAUAUAAAAUCUCCAUCCAUUUGAAUUACACAGGUUUAACAUAAACAUGCAAAUAAACGUUAUAACACACAUACAUACGCACAUACAUACUCAUAAAUAAAUGAAAUGAUUAAGACACAUUUUUAUGUAAUAGUUCUAAGUGUUUUAAAUAUACAAUAACCAGAUUUAUAUAUUUAUAGUCAAUAAAUCAAGUUUGUUUCAAAUUCGUAACGACCAGGUUUAUGUAUCCAAUAUUGAUCAAGCGUAUUUGGUUGAGAUCUCAUGAAGUUUAUUAGUUUGUUUAUGUGAAAUCUGUGUAAUAAUCCAAAUCAAUGGGAAUUUUAAAUCUUAAUUUAGGCCUAAAUUUCUUUUGUGAGUGAAUAGAUUGCUGAGAAAAUUGCCAUCGCGACAUCUUAAGUUGAAAUAUUUGAACUUGAGCGAGGACUUCGCGUCUACUUGUUUCUUUGUAUUGACUGUAUUUCUGCGCUUGGUGUGAACGCACCAUAAGAACGCAGCUUGGCCUUUUGAAAAAAAAACAACAACUAAUCAGAAUUUGUCAAAUGCUGAACUCUAGGAUGACUUUUAAAGAAAGCUCGUAUGUUUUCCACCUGCGUACUCUCUGUCAUCUCGUCAGUAAGUGUCAUCCAUGGACGUGAUCUCUCCAAACGACCCCUACGUGUUGGCAUCAGAAGCUAAAACAAACCAACGACAGUGGAACUUGGCCGCAGGACCACAGUUACUUCUAGAGAUGCAAUAAUACCUUUUUUUCCUGGGAAGGGGCAACAUGUAAUAAACGGUAAAGAGUCUUAACAAUGUACAAUACAUAGUAUAUUUUAUUCAUGUAAAAUGUUACUAAUAUAUUACUAACAUGACGUCAGUGUUGAAGGCAGGAUUUUGUUGUAGAUGUUCUUUCCCCCAUUGUCUCCUUGAUGGUUCUUAGUUGAUUAGAGAAACUAAUAAUGGGUCAAAAUUAUAUCAGUAUCAAAUGAUUUGGCCACUUCUGUGUGGAAUUCUGCCUUAAGUUUGGUAGUGCUAGCUGUACACUUUCUGUUUCAUCAUUUAAGUCACCUGUAUAGAAAACUAUCAGUUGUUCAUAUUGUGGUUUGUUUCAUGAGAAUGUGCGAGAGAGAGAGUGAGUGAGAGCUUAAAUAAAGAUAUUAAACAAA